AUGGAGAACAACAGCGUUGCCCGUGCUUUGUUUGAGGAGAACAUCCACAUCAGCACUAGAGUCUCCGAAACUUUAGGAUACAUGGCACCAGAGUACUUACUUUGGGGUUACUUGACCUACAAAGCAGAUGUGUAUAGUUUUGGGGUUGUUGCAUUGGAAAUUGUUGCUGGAAUGAACAACAUGAAAUAUCGUCCUGAUGGGAAUUAUGUUUGUCUACUUGACUGGGCACUUGUUUUGCAACGUAAAGGAAGUUUGAUGGAGCUAAUAGAUCCAAGGUUGGGUUCUAACUUCAACAAGGAAGAGGCAAUGAGAAUGAUUAAAACAAUUCUAUUAUGCGCUAAUCCGUCGCCGACACUUAGGCCUAACAUGUCUGCCGUAUUUAGCAUGCUUGAAGGUCAGGUUACUGUUCAGGAACUAAACAUGGAUCCAAGUAUUUAUGACGAUGAAUUGAAGUUCAAAGCCCUCAGAGACAAGUAUGAAGUGAUGGAACACCAGAACUCCGGUGAAACUGAGAUCCUUAUCCCUUCAUCACCACCACCCAAGAUAUCUACCCGAUUAUUCUUGGUUCUUCAUACUGAGGAGCGAGAAUUAUGCUUUGAUGGUCCAUAA